CACUGGUGUGGCUGUCAGGAAAGAUCUCAACUGAUAGUCUGAAUGUUUUUAAGCUACGUUCACUUCCUCUUUGUGCAUUCUGCCCAUUUGACUACACAGCAGAGCACUGAGCCUGGAGAUCAUGCAACAUUCAUUGUUUGUCGUGUGAAGCUCUACCUGCAACCUGUACUUCCUGUUCAUGUCAUGCAUGUGGCAUAAACCACUUUCACUUUAAUAGUGUGCAAAAAAGUGAUUUUCAAAGAAUGUUGUGUAAUGCAAAGAUAACAUCUGAUGAAUCAAAAGAGCUUUGUAAGACAUUCAUGGUUCCUGUAACCAGUUUUCUUGCAGUAAUCAACAAAACAUUUGCAGAAGUAGCCAACAGAGGAAGUGCAGUCACUUCUGUGUUCAAAUUUAACUUUUUUCUGUCAUAGCGUGAUGCGGUUGUCAGUCAAACGGGUAGUUGUACUCUUGCUAACGAUCUUCGGAACUUAUGCGCUUACUAGGACUCUAUAUCAAGUGCUAACAUGCCCGAGAAAGGUUCCCAGAACUCAUAUGUUGUCAGUUCUGGUUCGAAACUGGAACCAGACGGAGUACCGGUACAAUCAAAACACACCGAUGGUGUUUGUGGGUGGAGUUCCACGAUCAGGGACCACCUUGAUGCGUGCCAUGCUAGACGCUCACCCUGACAUCCGCUGUGGUGAGGAGACGCGGGUGAUCCCCAGGAUCCUUUCUCUGCGGCAGGGCUGGGGGAGGCAGUCGGAGGAGCGAUGGGCGCUGGAGGAAGAGGGAGUCAGUCAAGACAUGCUGGACGACGCGACCGCAGCGUUCCUGCUGGAGGUCAUCGCACGGCAUGGCGAACCUGCACCACUGCUGUGCAAUAAAGACCCCUUUACACUGAAGAGUGCCGUUUAUCUGUCACAAAUUUUCCCCAACUCUAAAUUCCUGCUAAUGCUCAGAGACGGCCGGGCGUCUGUGCACUCUAUGAUCUCCAGACGAGUGACUAUCGCUGGCUUCAACCUGUCCAGCUACAGGGACUGUCUGACUAAAUGGAGCAAUGCAAUAGAAGUCAUGGUCUCCCAGUGUCUAGUGGUCGGCCGGGGUCGCUGCAUGACAGUCCGCUAUGAGGAUCUGGUGCUGCAGCCGCGAUCCACCAUGCAGCGUGUGCUGCGCUUUCUGAACUCACCGUGGCACGAAGGAGUGCUUCACCAUGAGGAGGCCAUCGGGCGGCCCGGAGGGGUAUCGCUAUCUCGGAGCGAACGCUCCACGGAUCAAGUGAUCAAACCAGUUAACCUGGAAGCCCUCACACGCUGGGUAGGCCACAUCCCAGCAGACGUCCUGCUGGACUUGGAGAACAUUGCGCCAAUGCUGCGCAGGCUAGGCUACAACCCCAAAGCCAAUCCACCAGACUAUGGCCAACCAGAUCCAGAAGUGGUCAACAAUACUCAAAGGGUACUGAGAGGAGAUUUUAAAACUCCUACGAACUUGAAAAGAUGGGUACAAGUAUCUCCAAAGAUAGUUUCUAAAGGAGGUAAAAAAUGAACAGAGUCCUACAUUGGUUGCAGUAUGUGCUUGUGUUCAGCGUUGGAUAACACCACCAUUUUGUGCCGUACACCGUGAAGGCCUUUUGCAAGAUGCACAGCAACCUGAGAAGGAAAUAAGGAGCAUCAUUACUAUGCAAUAGCUGUGGUUACAUGGGGUCUGAUUUUGACAUUGCCAGAAUGCAUUAUAAUAAUUAGGUGACUAAGUCCUAUUACCAAAAUGCUGUAAUGCAACAGACUGAUGUCAAAGAAACCAGUCUCAAGAAGGACAUUGGACAGAGAUCAGCAUUUUUACUUCCUGAUGCUCUCAGCAGAGUAUUGUUUACUUUGUUUAUCGAACAAAGUUGACCAUAAUUCAAUUGCACUGGACUUCCUGAACAUUGCAGUUUAUUUAUGUCUUGUUUUGGGAAAUGAGAAGAGUGUGACGUAGUGCUUGAUGUCGCACUGAAUGCUGUUGCUAUGUGCCUGUGUGCAUUUUCCUGACCUAGUUUUUAAAUUGAGCCAUUCUGCUUUUCCUAGUGCCAAAACGCCUUGUUUUCCCCCGGUGUUUCUAAAAGUGCAUUUCUAUUUCAAUAAAAGUAUUCACACAAAACGGGAAAUGUGGUUUUUGAAACC